AUGCCGAAAUAUAUGAGCCGCUCCGAGGCGGGGCUUUCACGAUAUGUGCCUCUUCCCACCGAAGUCUUGAUUCAAAUUGCCGGUGCGGUUCUUGAUCAGUGGACGGAGGAUGAUUAUCCCACAUAUCAAUCCACACUUCACAGCUUCUGUCUGGUUUCUCGCCAGUGGUACUCGGCCGGCAUUGGAUCUCUGUACCACCGCCCCCAGCUUGCUCGAGGCAAUAGCUAUACUCUGUUCGCAAACACUGUAUGCCCGCCAGUCCGCUCCAAAGAUAAGAGAGUGGACUUGGGGUCACUGGUCCAAGACUUGGAUCUUUCAGGCCUGGUCCACCACAGCUCCAAUAGUCUUACGGCGCGACUACUGGGUCGGGUCAAGAAAAGCCUCAAAACAUUCAUUGCCCCGAGGAUUUCAUUUGCAUUCAACAGCCUUGCGCCCAUAUCAAAAUGCAAGGAGCUGACAUACCUUUCCCUCGGCCUAGUUGCCGAGACACUUGCACUCUCUGAUUUGAGAAAGGCUGUUGUCCACCUCAACAAGCUUGAAUCGUUGCAACUACCACCCUCAAUGGUGAUCACUGAGGAUAUCUCGGACGAUGACUGGCCCCCGAAUUUGAAAAUACUCGGAGUGGGCGGAUGCUUCGAUUUGGAGGCGAUGCCAACCUUUAAGUGGCCCCCAGCCCUGGAAACUCUCAACUUGGUUGAUUGUGAGUACUUGGCGGCGGUUCUAGAAGUGGCCGCCAUGAAUCAGCAACUCUGUACCUCACUUAAAGAGUUGACCAUCCCCUCUUAUCACUGUGACGCUCUUGCAGAAGAGCCUCCUGUGGGGUUGAGUCAUUUUGUCGCUUUACGAUGUCUUCGAAUUCCUAUUGAUGGAAUGUUUGGGACUGAUAUGAGUCCUGUGUUUGAUGUAUACAAUCUUCCCCGGUCCAUGCGUGAGCUUGUUCUCACCACGGCGGUCGAGGAAGGAUUCUCAAAAGUUGAUACCGACGAGAUGUGCAAAGUAUUGAGAGGGGAGAUAUCUCAAGUUUGUGGUUUGGGCAUGAGCCCAAGCUGCUAUAAGCUGAUUCCUCGAGCUACUCGAGCUAUCAUUGACAAGUUGGUAUGGGAGAAUAUUGAUGAUUGUCCCGAGGAUGAGCUGGAUAAUCUUUUUGAUCUGGGACUCUAUGUAACUGACGCAUAG